AUGUAUUAUGCCCCAGCUUUUCUGCAGUGGCUCCUCUUCGAUCUCACCUCCAUAAGUGCCGGUAUUUGGACUAAUAUGAUUGCUUUUGUCUGUGGAUUUGGGAUUGUCAACUUUUUCGCCGGAAAAAUGAAGAUGUUCCAGUACACAUCAUGGAUUCUGGAUUUGAUCGGGAAGAUUCCAUAUUUUUAUGAUCUCAUGUGGAAGAGGAGAUCUCAGAUUAAAUUCACUCUCGUCAUGACCCUCCUGAUGUCCGUAACAAUGUUCAUCUCCCGUGAUUGGAUUGUCGUCAAACAUAAAACUAUAAAAAUCCCCAAUUUCACUGCCGACGGUGGCCAUCUCCGUGUUGCUGUAAUAUCUGAUCUCCAUGCCGGAGCCAGUGUCUACACUACCCAAAUUCAUCAAGUCGUCGAGAAAGUUCUCGAGAAUCAAGUGGAUGCUGUUCUGAUUGUUGGUGAUAUGGUUGAUGCCCCAGUGGCUGAUAUUGAGGACAGAGUUCGACCAGUUCUUCAACUUCCCGUCCAUGCUCCAACUUACUUUGUCACUGGAAAUCAUGAAUAUUACUAUGGAGAUGUUCAUGAAUGGCUUCGAUUCUAUCGUAAUGGACAUAUUACGGUUUUGGAGAAUGAAUCCGCAAUGCUUCGAGGAGUGUGUUUGGCAGGUGUAAAUGACAUUUCGAGUCCAAAAUCUGGAAUUUUGAAUCACGAAAUGGAUUUGCCAAAAGCCGUUCAACGCUGUCCGAAGAACACAUCUCAAAUCGUGAUGUCACAUAAUCCCGCAUCGAUUCGCGAAUUUCAAGUGGAUCAUCCGAAAGAGCUCUCGAAAAUCGAUUUGAUUCUGUCUGGACACACUCAUGCUGGACAAUUCUAUGUCGUCAUUCCAGUUGUCUAUUGGCUCCUCCCAUAUUUCUAUGGACUCUACGAGAUUCCAUUCGGUGGACAAUUGAUGGUCACUGCUGGAUCACUGUAUCAGGGACCGCCGAUGAAAAUGAUUGGAAUGAGUGAAGUAUGGGUGUUGGAUUUGAUUGGCGAAUAG